GGGAACCUCGGGCGACUUGUGAGGCGAGGCAGUCAGUCGCUCUCAGCUACAACAUGCAUAACGCAUGAGAGACAGCCACAUCUUCUCUUAUACGUGUAUUUUCUUUUUACUCCAAAUAGUACGAAAUUAUAUUUCAUCCCACAUAUUCCACAUGGUUUAUGGCGAAAGCAACAUAAGGACAUAUAGUUGACGAAUAAUUCAACGCACUGGAGUUUGUGUGUGACGGGAGUGUUUUUGAAUAAUUUCCGUCCUUGAAUUGAAAAGUGAUUCGUCAGUGUUCAGUGGAGUACGCGUUGGUUAUCAUCGUAUUGCGACAUUUACGAACUGGUGUUGUUGUCAAAAAGUUGAAAAACACUCCGAAAUUCCCGAAAAAAAAUAUAACUUUUAUAGUGAACUUCCAACAGCUCUACAGAUUUCAAUGAUUUUUUCAUCGUCGAUUGUAAGGAAACCAUAAAUAAUGUGCAAAAGUGGACAAUCACCUACAAAUAUACCCGGAUGACUGUGUGCUACGGGGAGUUACAUGAAAAACUGAAAAAAAAAUCAUUCUUGGGUUUUCCAUUCUACAGUGAUACAGUAUACGGUACAUUAAAAAAGUGAAUUUGUGAUUUUUCUCAUUUAUCGUUUAUUUCUAUGACAGCAAUGGGAAAAAAGGUGUAUAAAAAUGUAGUGAAAAAAGUGACAACGUGGAGUCUACCACCGAAUAUUGGUGAUGAAUGGGCCUGGAAAAUUUACAAUAUUUUGACUUGAACUGAGAAGCUGAGUGCUGUGACAGGAAAAAAUAUCAUAAGUUAUAAUUCUUCACUCUCAGUCAUUUUGAUAUCUAGUCGGAUUCCCAUACUCCCAUACAACAGUGCACAACAGUGAAUAAAUUGCUCACAUUCAUUGACUGACUUUGACUGCUGCAUUACAUGAUUAAAAAUCAUUAGUUUUCACUAAAAGCCCAGGUUGCCUAUACUACGCGAAAAGUUAUAUGGGUUGAAGUUUCAAAGCCCAGUGAUUAUGAAAUCGGGCGAAUAGUGCAACUCUCAUCAGCCAACAAAAUAAAAAUAUUUUGUAGUUGGUAAGGGUGUUGAAAAACCGCAACCAGCAAGUGGUGCGGUUACGAUUCAAUGGUGAGGGAGUAGAUGGCAGCUACCACGUACAUGCCGGUUAGUAGCGCAGUGUCAGCCGACCUGGACGGUGGUUCGGGUACAGCUAUCGGUAUGAACAUCGCUGUAGGUGGCUACUCAUCGGGUUCGCCCCGUAGCGCCGCCGACGCCGGUGAAAUGAAGUACAUGCCGGCACCCCAGCAUCAUCAUCAUCAUCAUCAUCAUCAUCAAGUGUCAUCGUCACCUUCUCCAAAUGGCUUGACCCAUCCGACAAGUUUACCAACGGCAAAUCCAUGGGUUAGUCUUCAACCGGGAAGCGAUCCCUGGGCAGCAUCGAUGGGGAUGCACCACACCACUCAUCAUCCACACCAUCAUCCACACGCUCAGGGCAAUUCAAGCUUAGAUGUUAAACCUUUGGCAGCCGCAGCGACGGCAACUGAAUCGGUCCAAGGAAUGCAUCACCGUGGUCCCCAUCAAUCACCUGGAAUGGGGUCACCACAUUCAUGGCAUGCACCAGUAGUAUCGUCGGCCCACUACAAUCCCAGUGGAGGGGGCGCAUCACCAACGACAUUACAACAAUACCACGCUGCAAUGAAUGGUAUGCUACAUCAGCAUCCACAUCAACAUCCCCAUCAACUUCAUAAUCAUCAAACUGGUCUACCCCAUCAUCUGAGGGAUGCUCAUAAUCACAGUCCACCAGCCGGGCAUCCACUUCAUUCUGGUCAUCCAUUAGACAGGGAUCACAGCGCUGGUGAAGAAGACACACCGACGUCUGAUGAUCUCGAAGCAUUUGCGAAACAGUUCAAACAACGACGUAUCAAAUUGGGUUUCACUCAGGCUGAUGUUGGUCUUGCACUUGGUACACUGUAUGGAAACGUCUUUUCCCAAACGACGAUAUGCAGGUUCGAAGCUUUACAACUCAGUUUCAAAAAUAUGUGUAAAUUAAAGCCCCUUCUGCAAAAAUGGCUGGAAGAAGCGGAUUCAACGACUGGUUCACCAACGAGUAUUGAUAAAAUAGCGGCGCAGGGUAGGAAACGAAAAAAGCGAACAUCAAUCGAAGUAUCAGUUAAGGGUGCACUAGAACAACAUUUUCAUAAACAGCCGAAACCAUCAGCCCAGGAAAUUACCUCUCUUGCGGAUAGCUUACAAUUAGAAAAAGAGGUUGUUAGGGUGUGGUUCUGCAACCGUCGGCAAAAAGAGAAACGCAUGACACCGCCGAAUACACUUGGCGACGGUAUGAUGGACGGUAUGCCACCUGGACAUCAGGGACAAAGUUUACAUCAGGGCUAUCAUCCUCAGGAUCAUCUCCAUGGAUCACCAAUGGGACAUAGCCAUAGCCCACCAAUGUUGAGUCCUCAGGGCUUAACAGCACAUUCUCUUGCGGCUCACUAGCGUUCGCCGGGGCCUCCCCCGCUGGGCCUCGCCAUAACCUCGCAAUCGAAUUCAACCACCAGUCCUGAUGGACUACCACCCUUUUAUCAUCACUACCUCCAGGCACGAACUACUGGAUAUGGUGCUUCGUAGCUGCAGUGGCAGUGCCAUCGUCAUCAGAACCAACAGUUUGAACAACAUAUACAGUUUAUAACGUGUCAAUUGGAUAAUGACGAUCUGGAAGAUAAUUAAUAACUAAUUUAUAUACAAAAGAGGGUUAUUUUCGAUACGGGGAUGACAACGAGGCCUUAAUCGGAGCACCGGGGAGGCCGACGCAAGUGUUUCUUUUGUGUCCGGCUUUAUUGAUUAUUGACUCUGGAAAACAUCAAAGGGCCGUGAUGAUCGAAAUAAGAAAAGUGAAAAUAUUCGGCAAACUUUUUACAAUACUGUGAAUAAACUAAAAUUUAAAAAUUCUAUAAGCGAAGUGAAAAAUGAUAUUUUACAAACUUUGUGUAGAUGAAAGAAAAACGAUGCAAGUUAAGUGACAAGGAGUUUUUAAGUGAGCAGAAUGCUUUCUCCCACGGACAACACUGAACACUCCAACUAAAGAAGAAAAGACGAUGUGCAAAUAAAAUUUGGAUGGACAUUGCAAACGUCAUUGUAACAUCGUUGUUCUCAACGUUAUUGUUGAUAAAUUGUUGUUUGUUCGUUUCCUGUGGCGGGUGUCUCUCUCUCUCUCUCUCUCUCUCUUUCUCUCUCUCUCUCUCCCUCUCUCUCUUUCUCUCUCUCUCUCUCUCAGUGAAGUGUUUCAGCGUGAUAUAGAAAUGAUUAAUAGGAGAAAGAAACAUCGUCCUUAAGUCAUUACGCAUCGCAAAACCGUUGUGCAAAAUCGAGAAGAUGUGGAGAAAAUGUUAUUUUUUUUCUUCAUUGUCAACUCCAGCUCAAAGAAAUGGACCAGUGUUGUGUUAUUUUCUGUUUUUUUCCGAAGACGAUCAUGUAAACCGUGUGUGUGUAUUGUCCGGUAACUGUGUGUCCUCUCGAUUUGGUUUUAUUAUCGCGGAAUAAUUAACGUCAACGAAACGAAAAAUCGCCUGUCUACUGUGUUGAUGAUGGAAAACUUGGAAUCUAGCAAAAAAGUAAACGUUUUAUUUUAAAAAGAAAACUUUUAUGCCGCCAAGAAGUUAGUUCGCUCGACCCAGUCAGAGUGAGUACGAUUUUGAAAAUCAACACAGAAAACCUUGCUCGCCAAUAAUUGGCAGUAUGAAAUAGUUGAAAAGUGAUAAACUCAAGCCCUGAAUCGUGAAAUUCAAGAGUUAAAUUCGAAUUUUUUUCCUGGCAUUUAUAGUCUCAGAGAGGUCACAGAGAAGGACAUAACACACUUGGUAAUGGGCACUCGAAAAAUAUUUUAAAAAUACCAUCAUAGGUAUAAUAGAGGACAAAGUAUAGGUACGUGAAAAAUGCGUAAAAAGUACACACACACAUACACUUACAUACACACACACCCACAGAGAGAGGGACUAACGCUCGUAGACAAACCUUAUAUCGCGGGGGAGUACUCUUGAGCUCGGAUAGAAUCCACCGGGUGAUGUAAUAUAAGUAAAUAUGGGUUGUAAAUAUUGUACCACAUUAAAUUAGUAAGUCGAGAGAGCCUACUGCGUUGCGCGUCAUCGAAUAUAUAAUACCUUGAUUUUUCUUCGUUUUUUCAUGUUGAAUUUUUCUUUAGAUUAAUGAAGCAAAAAUAUCCAUUCGCGGGGCUUGCUAUCUACUUGUGAAAAAAAAAAUGAGAACAGAGAAAAAUAAUUGGAAAUAAUUGAAGGAAGAGUAGAAAUAACACCUGUGUGAAUCGCACCUUGACAUGACAGUGUAUAAAUUUAUGCAAAAGAUUGAACAAAAAAAUGAUGACGAUAGCUAAUCUUAUUUUCUGAUUAUGUUUCUUCAAUUAGGUAACGAUCAGAAUUUUCCUCGCAAUCCUCCGCUCUACCGGUGAUGUUUUUCUUUAAUAUUAUAGUGAAAAUUUAGAAAGAAAUACUUCAAUCGGCACAAAAAGACAAUCAGACACAUAGUUAUCAACUGAAUUACUAUGAUUAUCUACCAUCUACAAAAUUAUUACGAUUAUUAAAAAUUAAAAAAUUUUCAUCAUUGUUAUUAUAAAAUUAUUAUUUCUUUACGUUCUCGGAAAUGGAGAAUGAUUUCGUCUUUUUGUCCUAAUAACUGAAGCUGCAAAUAGUCAGAAGUUGCGAAAACACGGGACUUGCGAGGGAAUUGCCGAUAGUUCCUUCAGUCGUUAUUAUUACAUAUUUUUUGGUUUUUGUUAUUGUAAUGAAACGUGGGUGUACAGUGAGAAAGAAAUCGAAUUAUGUGACGUUGUGAUUGAUUGGGGGCUGCGGUUAUAGAAAAACGAAAUGAAUAAAAAAAAUUACUCGUUGAAAAUCACCACCGACAAUUCUGAAUUGACUAGCUUAUAGAAUUCCUACCUGUUUUCGUUUGUAAAAAAGAAAAAAAACUGAGAAAAAUUAAAUAAAAGUAAACACAGUAAAUGGUUUUGGCAUUACAGGUUUUUCAUUCGGUCAAUUUUUUCGUCAAAUGUUAAUGCUGCCAAUAAAUACUAGAUUGUCAACUGAUAAAGUGGAAUGCAAAAAAUUACAAGAUCUCGUGUAAAAGAAAACGCAACGAUGAAAUCUUCACAAUAGUAAUCAUAUGCGAAGAAAAAAUAGAAUAAUAAUAAUACACGAGGGUUUUUGUGUUAUACAUGCCAAAUAAAUUAAAAACAUAAAAUUGGGUUGAAUAUCAAAGAAUGAGAGUGAAUGAAAACCGUUGUAUGAUAUAUGAGACCAUGCAAAAAAUGACAAAAAUACAUAAAAAGAUUACUUACAAGAAAUGAGAAGAAUCGACUAAAAUGAUUUAAAAAACAUUCCAAUCCCCUCUGUAUAUUAUUAUAUUGAAUGCUAAUUAUUAUUAACGUAAAAUAAAAAAAAUCAGACAAAAUGAAAAUUAUAUGAAAAUGACUUAAAAAAUUUGACGAGUGGUAACGUUUUGUUAGAAUGGCAGAAAUUAAAUUACUACUGAAUUUUAAUUAAUAAACGAGAUGAAAGUAUAAAAUAA